AUGGCACCCUCAUUCGAGGUUGUGCUCGACAUGAUGCAGACGCUGUCUGUUGCUGCGCCUGGCCCUGGACCAACUACAAAACUAGACGAUGCAACCGAGAAGCUGAUAGAAGCCGCUCAAGAUGUUAUCGCGGAAGCUCGAAAGGUCCAGAAAGCGAUUCGAAGCGCCAAAGCCAAUUCUACGCACAGAGUGUCCUCCAUCAUCGCUCUGAGAAAGGAAGCGAGCGCCCUCUCCACCAACAUCACCAAGGUUCGAGAUUCAUCAGAGGAAUAUGCCAUGUCUCAGAUCAUUUCAUCUGCGAAACCAUCGAGUGCUGAAAUGGGAGUUGGAUCCAUUCUGUCUCGAUUCUCGCCUCAAAUCAAGAACUUCAUCCGGUUCGGUCUUGACCGCUCACCCAACCCUGACAAUGCUGUUUGGAAGAUUGUGGAAGAGUGCUAUAAGCACGCUCUCAACGAUGGCGGCUGCUUAUGCAUCGAACCAGUGAGGAGUGGCAACACUGGGCCUAAGAGUCUCAACUUCAAGUGGAUUGCUUUCUGGAGGCGAGCCUUGCACAGCUGUCAUGGUGGUCCCACGAUCUUCUGGCCACUGUCGAUGUUCGACCCUUACGACGGCAAGGUGUCCCGUCCUCCGAGGUACCUCUUCCGAUUCUUUGACUCGCAAAGCUUCGGUAGAACCGACGAUACUGUGGUUGCUUCGAUGGCCAGUAUUCACAAGCAAGCUGCCGUCAGCAGGAUCGAUCUCCUCAACGUCGACAAGGCAAUGGCGACGCAGAUGCUGCAUUCUCAUAUCGACCUCGCGAUGGGCAGUUUCGGCGGCCAUGCCGACAACUUGAUGUCAUGGAGCAGCUCGCUGCUGUUCGCCAUUCAAGGUGCCAUCUACAGAUGCGACAGGACCGGACGAGAUCCGAGGGAUAUGAAGAUCCUUGUGGUCGACACACACCUGUUUCCGAUGGGCCAGUUUUUCAGAGACCUUUGGGUUUUUAAGCGCCUGAAAUGUGCUCAAAGCGACCAUCCGAGGUUGCGGCAACUGGUGGAAUGGAGAGUCUCGAACGUGUGGGACAGCGGAGGGUGGUUUUCUCAGGGCACGCUCAAUCACCAAGGCCGAUCUUGCACGACAUCUCUUCAACAGCUCAUCGAUGCCGGAUUGUACUACCUGUAUCCUGAAUUUGAAGAGUCCGAUGGAGCGACAUUGUGGACAAAGCGCACAGACGAGCUGCGCGGUGCGUGGUCUUUUCCUCACCCGACCUACCACGAAGAGGUCGACUUUGCUUUCGACAUCGCAAGUGCGUGUUUCGGCGAAUUCUCUUACACGGAUCUCGCGCUCCUUCUGCUGUGCUUCAAGAACCGCGGGAGAAUGACAGAAGGCUGGUUCACACUCCCACUCCUUUGUUCUUGGGAAACGCUGACCAUGUUUCUCAGAAACUCGUGA